UUCAACACUCACGCUCACGUCUGUAUGCAAUGAUCGCACCUGACCUGGUAGAUAAGCAUAAGAUAAACUUCGUACACAUAACAUUCGACAAUAAACCUUGUAACAUGGACAACUUUCGAAUUCAAGAUAUAUAUUGCGGCAGUGAUGGGCCAGAAAACGGAAAUAUACAGAAUGUCAUGUCUUCCGGAAAUGACGCAACACAACAGGACAUGGAAAAAGAUCCGUUAAACAAACAGGAAGAAAACGCUGAACUGAUCUGUGAAAUUGCAGAGUUGUGUAAUCGACCGGACAGAAAAGAUCCAGAGGUUCUUCUUCUUCUGGGCAGCGUCGGUGCAGGAAAGAGUGCAUUGGUGAACACCAUCAUCAAAGCCAUGACGGGAAAAUAUAUUCACAAAGCCAAAGCUGGUUACGGGAACGUGGCAUCAAAAACACUGGCAUUUGAAUGGUUUGAAAACUGUGGGAUUGAGAAGUAUGAUCUCCAAGGUUUACAAAAAGAAGCAUUUUCCAAUUGUCUGCAUAAGUUGCCUAACAUCAUAGACGUUCCAGGGAUGAGUGUUGAGCAAUCUGCCAAUAUACGCGAAUUACUCGAGGCAGUAUUUGGAGGUUUCAUUCCUCCAGGAACAUCGGUUAAAUACUUACAAAAGUUGCAGAAAGAUUAUGGUGUAGAUUGCUUACAGAAAAUGUACCCGAGCAAUAGCAAGGAAUGGGCGGUAACAAGAGUUGUAUUUGUUGCAAGUGCCUCUCAAUCACUGCCGACUGAUUUAGUCGAAAUCGUCCGAAGUUUAUUAGAAACUCACGACCAGGCAACACGACAUUUCAAAUACAAUAUUGACCUGUUCGUAGUCAUCACAAAGUGUGAUUUGGUGGAAGGGUUCAACACUUCUGAAAAGACAUCAGACUCAAACAUGAUUAAACGGCAUCAGUUUAAGGAGAUGGAGAAUGAAGUUGCCAAAGAGUUCAGCAUAGGCGGUGCUAUGGAACAUAACAGCAUCCGUUGGCAAAGCUAUGUGGACGGCCGAUGUUUGGACGAUCCGUACAUCGACAACAUAGCUCUCAAAUUCGUGAGGCAGAUGAUGCAACCUAGACGAAGAAGACAUCCGGUUGAGAGUGAUAAAACGCCUGUGCUUACACCACAAAAGAUGUUUUUAUUUAAACUGACGAAGGCGGUAAAUGACAUGAAUGCGGAUGAGAAACUAGCCUUUUUGGUCGGUAUUUUUGUUGCUUUGGUUGUUGUGUACGUGUCGUUGUCUCAAACCGUUAAGACAGCUAGCUGAUUUGAAAGCUUGACAACACCGGCAUUCGUUUUGCCAAUAUAUUGUGUUUUGUUAAUACCGGUGUAAAAUACAUACAAAUAUGUAUUAAAUAGUAUUUUAUGAUUUAAUAUACAUGUAUUGAUUUUUUUGUUAUGAUGUUUUAAUUGAUGUUAAAUACUCGUCCGAAUGGAUACAUGUGUUGUUGUUGUAAUAAUGAUAUUGUCAUUGAUUUUUAACAUUCGGCAAUGAAAAAUUUAUUCUCGUAUUGCUGUUUUAUGUCUUCACUGAGGUUAUUCAUUCGACGACCAAUGGAUACUUGUACUGAUGUUGUAUUAAUGAUGUUUUUAUUAACAAUUCAUCAUUCGACAGCGACUGGAUUCGACACCCUUGAAGUUAGACAGUGGUAUUUAUCUAAUGUUUACGUAUUGUCAUGACAUUUUUACAAAAUCAGUUUAGACUGCAAA